CCUUUAUCCUGCUGUCCGCAGAGCUUUUCCGGUUAGUAACACGCUGGUUUGCCGGUGUUCUGUCUCGAAAUAUCCAGCAUCGAAUUCUUGCAAGAGAGGCGUUUUACAGAUUUGGUUUAUACAUCUGAACAGACCAUAAAAGUAAAAUGAACUAGCUGCGUGAUCAAAAAGAACACAAUUGAGCAUAUUUUGUUUGAAUUGCUGGAACGCACUUGAAUCAAUGAUGGAAAAGCUUUUCAGCAAAGAAAUCAGAAAUGGACUUUUAAAAAGCCCAGUUUUCUACUUAACAUUGUUAUCUCUGGCUGUGUAUGUUUGUACUGAUCAAGACUACUAUCAUUUACUUGGGGUGUCAAAAGAAGCAAGCAACAGAGAAAUCAGACAAGCCUUUAAGAAGUUAGCACUUAAAUUGCAUCCCGAUAAAAAUCAGAAUGAUCCUGAAGCUCAUGACAAGUUUCUAAAAAUAAACAGAGCAUAUGAAGUUUUAAAAGAUGAAGACCUUCGAAAGAAAUAUGAUAAAUAUGGUGAAAAGGGCCUAGAAGACCAACAGCAAGGAGGAGGGUAUGAGAGUUGGAGUUUUUACCGCUAUGAUUUUGGCAUUUAUGAUGAUGAUCUUGAAAUUGUCACACUGGAUCGAGGAGAAUUCGAUGGCGCUGUUAACUCUGGCGAAUUGUGGUUUAUUAAUUUUUAUUCACCUCGAUGUUCGCACUGCCAUGAUUUGGCACCUACGUGGAGAAAGUUUGCCAAAGAAAUGGAUGGACUGAUACGAAUUGGAGCAGUGAACUGUGGUGAUGACAGGAUGCUUUGCAGAAGUAAAGGAAUAAAUAGUUACCCGAGUCUCUACAUUUUUAAAACUGGAAUGGAACCAGUUAAGUACUAUGGUGAUCGAUCGAAGGAUAAUCUGGUUAAUUUUGCGAUGCAGUAUGUAACAAGCUCAGUAACAGAGUUAUGGGCAGGAAAUUUCAGAAGUGUGAUUGAAAAGGCAUUUGCAUCUGGUGUAGGCUGGCUAAUUACCUUCUGUGCUGACAGUGGAGAUUGCUUGACGUCUCAGACACGUCUAAAACUUGCAGGUAUGCUGGAAGGUCUUGUUAACGUAGGAUGGAUGGAUUGCUCUACCCAAGCUGAUCUCUGUGACAAUUUAGAGAUCACAACUAGCACUACAGCUUAUUUUCCACCUGGAGCUACACUGAUGAAGAAAGAUAAAAGCGGUGUUUUGUUUCUUGAUUCUUUGGAUGCAAAGGAAAUCUACAAAGAAGUAAUUGAGCAGAUUCCUGAUUUGGAAAGCAUUUCUCCAGAGAGUUUACAGGACAGCUUGGCCCAUCACCGUUGGUUACUAUUCUUCACAUUUGGUAGGGAUGAAAAAUCUUAUCUUCCUGAGUUUAAGAAACUGAAAGUAUUGCUUCGUACAGAACAUGUUCAGGUUGGAAGGUUUGACUGUAAUUCCAGUCCGAAAGUCUGCCAAGAAAUUUAUGUUCACAAACCCUGUGUAGCAGCAUUUAAAGGAAAUGGCAUUAAAUACUAUGAAAUACAUCAUGGUAAAGCAAACCUAUAUGAUUUGGUGGCUUUCACAAAAGAAAGUGUUAACUCCCAUGUUAUUACUCUCGGCCCUCAAAACUUUCCUGGCAAAGAACGGGAGCCUUGGCUUGUGGACUUUUUUGCACCACAUAAUAUUCGAGCGUAUCCAACAACAGUGGUAUUCAACCAAUCUAAUACUCAUGAGUAUGAAGGUCAUCAUAAUGCUGAAGAGAUAAUGGAAUUCAUAGAGGACCUUCAAAAUCCUUCAGUAGUUACGCUUACGCCAGAGACAUUUAAAGAACUUGUUAAAGGACGAGGAAAGGAUGAAACCUGGAUGGUGGAUUUCUAUGCUCCAUGGUGUGGUCCGUGUCAAGCUCUGAUGCCUGAAUGGAAACGUAUGGCAAGGCUUUUAAAUGGAUUUAUUAAUGUUGGGAGUGUCGAUUGUCAAAGGCAUAGUUUCCUGUGCAGCCAAGAACAUGUAAAUGCAUAUCCAGAAAUUCGACUUUAUCCUGGAAGUUCAGAUUCACCCAAUCAUUAUUUUCCUUAUAACGGCUGGAACAGAGAUUCACAUUCCAUUAGAACCUGGGCACUUGCGUAUUCCCCUAAAGUAUCUGUUGAUCUAACUCCAGAAAUCUUCAAUGAAAAAGUACUGCAUGGAAAGGAUAACUGGGUUAUAGAUUUCUUUGCUCCUUGGUGUGGCCCAUGUAAAAAUUUUGCUCCGGAGUUUGAACUUCUAGCUAGAAUUGUUAAAGGUAAAAUCAGAGCUGGAAAAGUGGAUUGUCAAGCUUAUGCACACCUCUGCCAAACAGCAGCCAUCAGAGCCUAUCCCACAGUUAGAUUUUAUCCAUAUCAAAGAUCUAAAAAGAAGAAUGCUCAGGGUGAACAAAUAGAGAAAAGAGAUGCCAAAGAAAUAGCCAAUCUGAUAAUGGAGCGGAUUGAAACGAUCAAACGAGACACAAAUGAAAAGAAACUUAAUAAGAAGGAUGAGUUGUGAUGAAAAUGUAUCUGUCCGCAAAGAGAACUGAAUAACUGGACAUGAAUAUCUUUUGACAAGUAUUUGAAAAGGAGAAUAUAUUAAACAUUACAAAGAUCAUUGACGUGAUGAAAUGCAACAAAAACAGUGCCUAAUGUGAAUAGACUUACUCCUACUGGUAGUUUAUAUUAAGCUACACAGACUGGAUAAUGGUAGUGCUUUUUAUAUAUAAGUAAAAAUGAGAUUUAAAUCAUUUUAAUAAGACUAGAAUAGUGAAUAUUUCUUUCCACAAAGGAAAAGCACUGUAGUCAACUGCAGUUGAAAUGUUCACCUACUGAUGCAACAAGUUUGUGUUAUGCUGGCAAAGUGUCACAACAAUAAUUGUUCAAGUAACUACAAGAAAAAGUGAAUAUGAAAACUAUCAAUAUGCAACUUAAAAGACUCAGCAAUGAAGAACGUUUUGAUAAUUUGAAACAAUAGUUUUUAACCUUUGGAUUCAAACCUAUGCCGUCAUACUACAGAGUGUGUAACCAAGGGUAUUUACAGAUCAUGUUCAUUUGCAUAUUAUGUUCAUCAGAACCCAAAUGGCAGCCCACAUUGGUAUUUGCUACAGAGAUAUUGCCUUCCAAAUCAAUUUUCUGUACAGUGAACAGGAAGCUACAUUAUUUCUUUAGCCGGGAUAAACUUCACCUCUGUGUAGGAGCGCAGAUAAUCUUAAAGAGCCUAGAUCCCCAACUGGUUGCCCUUAUCAUAUUAUUUGUCCAUUCAAGGUUGUAAAGACUGUUUAUGGACAUUCAUAUUGAUCAUAACAUGUUAUCCAUUACCUGGAAUCUUUUAUUAAGAUUCAAGGUACAAAAGACUUUUGAUGAUAAAAAUGAAACUCAAAAGUAAUUCCUUUCUUGUUAAAUUAAUGGAUUAUGUUUCACUAAAACCACUCUAGUUCCGUCGAAAGCAUUUUCAGUCAGGAGCUACAGUAUAUAUCACAAAAAGAUUCCCCAAUAAAAGCAUGGUUAGGAUUUUACUAUCUGAAACCAAUUUACAUCAAAA